AUGGCUAGGAACAGUGGUUUUUGUCGGAUUAAAAAUGAACGAAAGAAGUUGAGCUUCUUCAAGAUUUUUCAGAGUGCAGAUUUAUCCUCUGAAUGCAUGAGAGCUAUACCUUACAACUUCAUGCAAAGAGUCUCUGAGAAAGACUUCUCCUACAAGAUGGUGAUAAGAGCGCAAUGGGGAAGCUCAUGGAAAGUAGAAAUCUCCAAGAACCCGAGAUUUUACUACAUGGAGAAGCACGGAUGGAACCAGUUUGUGAGCGACAAUGCCUUGGGAGACAAUGAAUUUGUUACCUUCACUCACAAAGGAAAAAUGUGGUUCGAUGUCAACAUAUACCAUCAGAAUGGCAAGGAGAUUCUCAUACCUCGAAACACCCCCACAAUGGCUCCUAGUGGGAUCAAGAAAGAACAAGGUGAGAGCAGCUACAAAGAUGUGAAGAAAGAAGAUGAAACAGGUGAUUCUACGGGAGGAGAAGACCUUGAAGUCCGAAAGAAGAAAGCUAAGGAAUCCAAAACAUCCAAGAAGAAGAAGCUCACGAGCAAGAAAGUGGUGAGUUCUGUAGAAAUAGGUGAAUCUUCAAGAGGAGUAGAGCUCAAAGUCAGAAAGACGAACGCUGAGAAACCCAAAUCAUCCAAGAAGAAUAAGAUCAGGAGUAAGAAAGACAAGAAUGGUGUUCCAAAAUUCAAAAUCACCAUAAGGAAAUCAUACCUCAAGUUCCUGGCUAUCCCAAAGCGCUUUGUGGAGGGUCAUAUCCCUAAUAAGUCUACGAUCUUCACGAUACAUCACUGGAAAGGGAAUUGUUCAUGGGAGGUGCUUUGCUUGGUGAGGGAGAAUCGGACUAUUUUCUCAAGUGGAUGGACGAAACUGGCACGAGAGUACCCUUUACUUAUCGGUGACAGGUGUAUCUUCAAGCUCAUUAAACCCACCGAGUUACUCCUAAUCUCCAAGAAGGCCAGAGAGAAGAUCAUUAAGAUUGAUGAAUGA